AUGUCCAGGAACAGCCCGACUCUGCCUGCUCCCCCUGGGCUUCUCCCAUCAGCGCUAUCGAUGGUCUUCCCUUCGCUCGAGUUUUCAGGAAUUGGGGCCCCGACAGUGGAGGGGUUCAUAGCCGCCCUUGAGACCCAGCUCGAAGCCACACGCAGUGCGAAGGUCGAGGGUCAGAUCGCCUCUCGUCUCACCGGCCGCGCAUUGCUGUGGUACGUGCACUGCACCUCUCCGCCCGAGGCCAACCGCGUCCACAAUGAGGAGGCAUAUCUGACUCUCCGCGAACAGUUGACUCGCAUGUUCUCUCGCCAGAACCGCACACCGCAGAGCGUCUUCAAUUGCCUCACACAGGGUGUCAACUCGACCAACGAGUACUUCGAGAAGUAUUGCCUACUCGCCCUUCGGGCUAACGAGGGCAUCGACAACUACUUCCGCCACGUGUGGUGGAUCCAUGGACUGCAGCCGGAGCUGAGGGACUUUGCACUCGACCGCAUGGCCAACUACCGGACCUUCACGGAGCUCGUACAGGCAGUGCACGUUGCUGAGCGCGAGCUUCUGCGGAAGUACGCACCGAGGUUCAAGUUUCAGCUUACUCCCGUCACGGAGGGCACGAGACGUUCCUUGCCCCGCGAGAAUGGGAACUAG